CCCAUUUUUAUCCUAUACCCGGGAAUGCCUCAAGGUCUUAGAGAGCAAUGGGUGCGACUUUCAUUGCGCGUUCAGAUUUAGGGUUGUAGUUGUGUUUCUGCUUGCUGAAUAUUUCACACAUUUCUUGUCCACGCACAGCUGAGCAUCGCAAUGUCCGACGUGGAGAUCCGCGAGUACCGCGAUGGGGACGCCUCUACGGUGCGAGAGAUCUUCUCGCUGGGCAUGAGCGAACACGUGCCAGCGUCCUUCGUGCACAUCCUCAAGCAGCCGCUGAGUCAGAUGCUACUGAUGUGCACCUUCUGCACCCUGCUGGUUAGCUCCAAGUCCUUCAUGCUGCCCGUUCUCGCCGUCGCGCUGCUGCUGGCCGCCGCCCGCCAAAUGCUGGUGCAUAAGUUCAACGCCUAUAUCGACAAUUGCUGCAGCACAGACCUCAGUACCAUCGGCGAGACCUACAUGGCCCCCAGGGACGCCUGCUUUUGGGUGGCCGAAAGUGAGGGCCGCGUGGUGGGCUUGGUAGCCUGCCUGCCCAGGAACGGCGACCCCGACUGCCUGGAGCUGAAGCGCAUGUCGGUGCGGCGCAGCCAUCGCCGCAUGGGCAUGGCCAAAAAGCUGUGCCGGACAGUGGUGGACUUCACGCGCGACAGAGGCUUCGCCUCCGUGGUCCUGAUCACAUCGGUGGUCCAGACGGACGCGCAGAAGCUGUACGAGGACAUGGGCUUCCGCAAGGUGCGAGAGUUUUUGGAGCCCGACGUCGUCGCCAAGCUCUCAAACUUCUUGCUCCUUGAGUACAGACUGGACCUGUGCAAAGACGGCGCGGAAAAGUGAAAAAGUGCACAUUCCAGGUCUACUUUUGUUGUAAAAUUUUGUGCUGAAAUUCACGAGUGUAUUUUAGACAUAAAUAGAAGGAAAAUGAAAAAAAAAAAAUCGUCAGAUUUAAGCUUGCAAAAAUCACAGCAACAAGCUUCCCUACCUCUUACCUAUUUAUCAAAUUAAUAUAUUAUUUUUUAUAAUGAAUUGGUUAGAUCCCAGGUGUCUGAGUUCUAACUGGCCCAUCUCUGUUAUUUUAUGUGGACUGCCAAAGCAAAUUAUGUGCAUUGACUUGAUAUUCCUUGCUAAAAUACUCAAAUCGCAAAUUGUCUUCACUUUUAAAAAUUAUUUUUGUUCUAACCCCCCCCCCCCCUCUUUUUUAAAAAAAAUUAAACCUAAUCGUAUUUGAACAAAGUUUUUACUGGUCUCUGAUUUUAUUUUAUUUGGUACAUAACAUUUUAUCCCAUCGGUAUGUCAUCUCUAUUUGGACACUAGAUGACAGUAUUGCACCUCAAAAGAAUGGUGACAAAAACAGCACACUGAUUAAUUUCACAACGGAUUGUUUUAUUGAAAACUCAAAAAUGAUGAGCGUUCCAUCCAUGUUUAUGCAGCGGAUGAAUGUCACUUUUGAAGCGAUUCUGAAAAAAAUAGCAAACAGGAGGGAGCCAGACGACUUGUUUCGUAUUGUUCGGCAAGAUUCUCCCCCCCCCCCCCAGAAAAAAGGUACCUUUUUAAAUAAGGUGUUAAAAUUUG